UCGUACGGGUGCUGGAAAUCCUUGAAAAUGCUUGCAUUUUGACGUUGUGUUUUCAAGGUUUGAAAAGUGCUUAUAUUUUGGAUGAAAUGCUUGAAAAUGCUUGAAAUUGUAACUAUUUCUUUCGCAACAAAUACCUAUCUAACUGAAUCGUAUGUUUAUUAAAUGGAGAAAUAAAAUGUUGGAGAGCCCGAAAAUGAAACCUGCUCGCUUAUGUGUGACUGCGAUCUGCCAGUAUAUUUCCAUGUUUGACUCCGCCCCCAUGAAACCACUACUGCACCAUGCCGGGAGGUUGUCGUUUCAAUGAACGUUGGCUGGAAGAUGAAAAAUACAAAUUAUGGAUUAAACGGGGACAAACCCCACGAGUUGCCUCUUGUAAAGUCUGCAAAAAAGACGUGCAGCUUUUCACAAUGGGCGAGUCUGCGCUCUCGAGUCACAUGAAGGGAAAAAAGCAUCAGGACCUGAUGCGAAGUCAUCUGAAUUCAGGUCCAGUAGUAGCAGAUUUUUUUGGACAGAAAAGCACAGCUACAAUCAGCAGUGACGGUGCAGUGAAAGUAGCCGGUGGAGUAGCGCCUCUACCAUCCACAUCCACUCCUCCAGUCCAGUCUUCUAAUCCACGUCAGGCAACCAGCAAGACCACAAACACCAUAACAUCAUUUGUCAGCUCUAAUCCAACACUUCAAGCAGAAAUAUGCUGGGCAACAAAAGUUGUAACCAGCCAUUAUUCCUACAAAUCAUGCGAGAAUGCAGCAGACAUUUUCAGAACCAUGUUUCCUGAUAGUGAAAUUGCAAAGAAGUUUACUUGUGGGGAGAGAAAAGCAGCAUACCUCACCACAUUUGGGAUUGCACCUCAUUUCUCUUCCCUAAUGAAGGCCAAAGCCAAGAAAGAGUCUGAAUAUGUACUUCUGUUUGAUGAAAGUUUAAAUAGGGAAAUUAAGAAAAGCCAGCUGGACAUGCACAUACGAUUUUGGAAUGAUAACCAAGUAAACUCAAGGUACCUAACUUCAUUUUUCAUGGGUCAUCACACUGCAGAACAAAUGCAUGAGAAGGUUGAAAAGGUGUGUUCAGAUAUAGGCUUCCAGAACCUGAUUCAGCUGUCGAUGGAUGGCCCAAAUGUAAAUUUGAAGCUCUUCUCACUGGCCCAGCAGACCAUUGACAAACAAACAGGCAAGAAAAUGCUUAAUGUUGGAAGUUGUGGAUUGCAUAUACUACACAACUCUUUCAGAGCAGGGUGUGCAUCCACAGACUGGGAGCUGGGAAAUGCUCUGUCAAGCCUUAAAUGGCUAUUCAAGGAUGUUCCAGCUCGUAGGGAGGACUACACAGAAGUCACUGGUUGCACAUCCUUCCCUCUUGACUUUUGUAGUCAUCGGUGGCUGGAAAAUGUGGAGGUGGCUGAGCGUGCCCUUCAGAUAUGGCCCUCUCUGAAAAUGUACAUCAGUGCUGCUAAAAUGAAAACUGUAACAGAACCACUUUCAAAGUCUUUCAAGACAGCUGAGAUGAUUGUGCAAGAUGCCCUCUUCCCAGCAAAGCUGAACUUCUUUCUAAUGGUAGCUAGGGAAAUCACACCAUUUUUAAAGUUAUACCAGACGGACAAACCCAUGCUGCCGUUUAUGUGUGGUGAUCUCACAAAUAUGCUGAGGAGUCUAAUGGAGAAGUUUGUCAAGCCCAGUGUCAUGAAGGAUGCAAAUACCCCUGUAAAGCUUCUUCACGUUGACUAUGCUAACUCAGUCAACCACGUAGAUGUCACCAAACUGAGAGUCGGAUUUGUCACAGAGAGAGCCCUAGAGGAGCACAUGAAACAAAACUCCUCUGAGAAGCUGAGGCUGGAGUUCAGACAGAAUUGCAAGCUGUUUUUACUGAAGAUGGUAUCCAAAUUGUUUGAAAAGGCACCACUUAAAUAUCCGCUUGUUAGAAGCCUGUCUGUCCUUGAUCCAAGGGUGCUCCUAAAAAGCAAAGAGACAAGUGUCCGAAAACUCAACACUGUUUUGCGACUCCUCGUGGAAUCUGGCCGCAUUGAAGAACAAAGCUGUGAUGACAUUCUGAGGCAGUUUGGCGACUUUUAUGACCACAAUCUGAUGUGUGCGUCAGAUUCCUUCAGGAAUUUCAACCCACAGAUGGGAAGGUUGGAUGAAUUCUACCAUGAACAUUUACUUAACAAGGCAGAGUUUCACCAUCUCUGGCCGGUAGUAAAACUCGUCCUGGUCCUCUCCCACGGUCAAGCCUCUGUUGAGAGAGGGUUUUCAGUAAACAAAGAGGUGAUGGUGGAGAACCUGAAAGAGCAUUCUCUGAUUGCUCAGCGGAUCAUUCAUGACCAUGUGAGCCAUAUUGGAGGGCUGCUCAACAUAGUCUACACAAAGGAGCUACUCCUCUCUGCAGCUGCUGCCAGGCAGAAAUAUCAUAAUUAUCUGGAUGACCAAAAACGUCGAAAACAAGAUGAGCAGACAGCUCAGAAGAGGAAGGGAGUAAUGGAGGAGAUAGCUGAGAUAAAGGCCAAAAAGAAGAGGAUGGAGGAGGACAUAAAGGUCCUGCUGAAAUCUGCAGAUAUUAAUGCAGAGAAAGCUGAAUCGGUUGGAAAACUCAGCUUCAUCUCAAAAUCAAAUGGUCUUCGCAGAGCUGCAAAAGAAAAACAAAAAAGUCUGGAGGCUGUAGAAGAACAGCUAAACGACAAGCUGAAGGAGCUCAAAGAUACUCCUUUAUAGGUCCUUAACAUACUAUGUUCUGUGUUUAGUGCCGUUGUUUUGUUUGUUUUAUUCAACAGAGAGUGAUAACGGCCACUUAAGUUGAUUUGAUUAGUUUUGCAGUAUUCUAUUUUGUGUUUGUAUUUUGUUGUUGUUUGUUGGUUUUUUCCAACAGGAGUGGAUAAAGGCCACUGAAGUGAACUUUAAGUUGAUUUGUUUACAUUUACCCAUCUUGUUGAGUUGAUUGUUAAAUUCAAUUAAAUAAAAUAUGCACUUUGAGGUUAUAGACCAUAUACAUAAAAUGCAACUUUUGGCCUAAUCUUUAUAAAGCACAUGUAGUACUUUUUGCCACAUAUACAUUUGCACUAUUUUGUGUUGUUAAUUCUGUGUAUUUUAAAACUCAAGUUGUUUAUAUUUGCACAAUAUUUUCAAAAAAGGUCAAUGAGCUGAAUCUAAUUGACUGUCUAGCUCAAAGACGAAUGUUUGCAUUUUUAUAUUUUCAAUAAAUUAAUUGAAAGUGAA